AUGUCGGUGACGCCGCGACGUGUCCGCCUGAAGCCGUGGCUAGUCGCCCAGGUGGACAGCGGGAGAUAUCCCGGUCUGGAGUGGAUCGACCGUGACGCCAUGCGUUUCAGGAUCCCGUGGAAGCACGCCACGCGACACACGCCUCAACACGAGGACGAGGACACCAUAUUUAAGGCAUGGGCUGUUGAGACUGGAAAAUUCCAGGAAGGGUCUGAUGAACCCGAUCCUGCCAAGUGGAAAGCCCAGCUCCGAUGUGCCCUGAACAAAAGCCGGGAAUUCAACCUCGUCUACGACGGAACCAAAGAGGUCCCGAUGAAUCCCUUGAAGAUAUAUGAUGUCUGUGAUAUCCUUCAACCUUUAAGCAACCCAGGUUCUUCAGAUCCUGGUUCUUGGACUCCAGGUGAGGAAGAUGGCGCGGAAGAAGAUAUUCCAGACACACCAGAAUCUCUUCCUCCCUACCCAUCCAAUGGCACAAGUCCGUCUCCUCACCUCUUGUGGUCUCCUAUGGGCUCGGAGUCCUCCAUGCCACCAAGUACAAGUUGUCCUCAACCUAAUAAAGUCUGGCCCAAAGAGGAAUCUGUUAAAAUUUGGCCAAAACAGGAGCCUGAGGAUGUGGAGAUGCAACCCACGCCCAUGGCUGUCAUGCCCUCCGCUGCCCUGGCCGACCCCUCGAUGCAGGGCCCUACUAUUACCGACACCUUAUUUGCCUCUCCAGAGAUGUGGAUCAGCUCCCUCCCAAUGACCGACCUGGAGGUGCAGUUCCUGUACCGAGGGAGGGAGAUGUGUCCUACGAUCACCGUCAGCAACCCCCAGGGUUGCAGGCUCUUCUACGGCGAUCUGGGUCCGAUGGUCAACCAGGAGGAGCUGUUUGGACCGGUCAGCCUAGAACAGUUGCGCUUCCCCACCACGGACAACAUCACCAACGACAAGCAGAGACUCUUCACCAACCGUCUGCUGGACGUGAUGGACAGAGGUCUGAUCUUGGAGGUGAGCGGCCACGACAUCUACGCCGUCCGUCUGUGCCAGUGCAAGGUGUACUGGUCCGGCCCCUGCGCGCCAAAUGCCUCUGCGCCAAAUCCUAUCGAGCGGCAGGCGAAAGUCAAACUGUUCUGCCUGGAGUCGUUUCUCAGUGGCGUGAUUGCCCACCAGCGUGGCCAAACCCCAACUCCUCCGCGAUUUGAAAUCAACCUAUGUUUUGGAGAGGAGUGGCCUGAUGGAAGGCCGACCGAGAGGAAACUUAUCAUGGUUCGGAUCAUUCCAGUGGUGGCUCGCAUGAUCACCGAGAUUUUUUCUGGAGACAACACGCGAUCCUUCGACAGCGGCAGCGUGCGACUCCAGAUUUCGAUCCCCGAUAUCAAAGACAACAUAGUCACCCAUCUGAAGCAGCUCUACUGCCUGCUUCACACCAACCAGGGCCAGGACGGCUGGGUUUUGCCUCCUGGCUCAGGUUUCAACCUCGUCCAGACUCUGCAAGGUCAAUGAGCACACGUCAUGUUAGCAAACAUUUUCGGGUAUUCCUAUUUGAAAGUAAACCCUUUUUUUUUUUUUUACUCAAUAGUGUCCCCCCCCCCUUUGUUUCUCGUGCUCUGCAUCUCUGUACAGUUUAUGCAGAAGCACAACAUGGAUGGGCCAAAGUCCUGCUUGCUUCAAAAUAUAGUUUAACAUAGUUAAUGACUGACAGAGAUUGCCUUGUGUAUCCUAAAUGUGUCAGAGUAAUUAUCCACAAUGUUGAAUGCUACACAUAAAGCAUGUGAUCUAAAUGUUUUGGAGAAUCUUUUAUAUUGUACAGCUUGCCAAAAAAACUUUUACUCGACCAUGCUAAGAAGUUGCAUUUUAAACAAAUAUAUAGUUAGAGAUGUGUUAAUUAUUUGAGCUGGUUCUGUUUUUGUCAUCUGUUUAUUUUAGAUUCAGUGUGUGUUUUUACAGAUAUUUUUAAUCUACUAUUUGUAUGCAAAAAAAAAGAAAAAAAAAUGCAUCAUUCCAUUUUAUGGCUCUGAGAUGGACGCUUUUGCAUCGGUGAGGUGUUCAGCGGUGCCUUUUUACGCUCUGAUUUUAUGUACAAUAAAAAAACGUCACACUCGCUUUAA